AGCCCUUUCAGACUCACUUGCCCAAACAAUAUGAAGGAAAACAGGGAGCCCUACAGUGAGAGGACUAUUCAAACCCACAGGUAGGGACUUAUAGUUCACCAAGGUCUGUUUUGAAUCCUGUGCCUCCCCAAACUACAAUUCUCAGGGCUCCAGCUGCAGCCAUUAAAGUGGAAUCAAUAUUCCACAGCAAAUAUCACCUGAAAUCUGGCUUUCCUUGGAAUUAAAAGACAACAAUGGUUCUCAAGAAGUCAAUGCAACUCAGUGGAAGAGAAAUGCAAUAAUAAAGAAGUCAGAGAAAGCAUUUGAAUGGCAGAAGCUUCCUAAGGAACAUCUAAACAGUGACGGCUCCCUCUGGUCAAUGAAGCCUUUCAAUGUGACCGAUUCUUAGCUACAAAAGGAAUUAUAGCGCAUUCAGCAACAGCGAUGAUGUUCUGCCUGCUUCUGUGGUGGAACCUCAAAGUCCUGGCGCUUUCUCUGCUACUAAAGGCCACCACCUCCUUGAACCCAGACGACCCCAACGUCUGCAGCCAUUGGGAAAGCUAUGCCGUGACUGUUCAGGAAUCGUACGCUCAUCCCUUUGAUCAGAUCUAUUACACAAGAUGUACCGAUAUCCUCAACUGGUUCAAGUGCACUCGACACAGAAUAAGUUAUAAAACGGCUUAUCGGAGGGGGCUGAGGACAAUGUAUCGCCGGCGGUCCCAGUGCUGUCCAGGAUAUUACGAGAGCGGAGACUUCUGCAUCCCUCUUUGCACCGAAGAAUGCGUCCACGGAAGGUGCGUUUCUCCCGACACGUGUCACUGCGAACCGGGAUGGGGAGGUCCGGAUUGUUCCAGUGGCUGUGACAGUGAGCACUGGGGACCGCACUGCAGCAACCGCUGCCAAUGCCAGAACGGCGCUCUCUGCAACCCCAUCACCGGCGCCUGCGUCUGUGCCAUCGGGUACAAAGGAUGGCGCUGCGAGGACUUCUGCGACCCAGGCACCUAUGGGAAAAACUGCCAGCUGAAGUGCCAGUGCCACAACGGGGCCACCUGCGACCACAAGACCGGCGAGUGCCACUGCGCACCGGGAUACACCGGCGUCUUCUGCGAAGAGCGCUGUCCUCCGGGGAGCCAUGGAUUUCAGUGCGAACAGCGGUGCCCGUGCCAAAACGGGGGGACCUGUCACCACAUCACGGGGGAAUGCGCCUGCCCACCAGGAUGGAUGGGUUCUGUGUGUGCCCAGCCGUGCCCUUCGGGAACGUACGGAGUCAACUGCAGCCAGGAUUGUCCCUGUCACAACGAAGGGCAGUGUGACCACGUGACCGGGGUCUGCCUCUGCACAGCGGGUUAUGUCGGAGACAGGUGUCAAGAGGAGUGUCCUGUGGGAACAUUUGGUUUCCAGUGCCUGCAGAAGUGUGACUGUGAGAACAGGGCCAAGUGCUACCACGUCAACGGGGCCUGCCUGUGCGACCCAGGCUUCACCGGAAUCCAUUGCCAGGAGCGGAUGUGUCCAGAGGGAUACUACGGGCUCAAAUGCAACAAACGGUGCCCUUGCCACACUCCAAACACUGCCAGCUGCCAUCCUCUUUCUGGAGAAUGCAAUUGCAAAGCCGGCUGGGCCGGGCUCUACUGCAAUGACACUUGUCCUUUGGGAUAUUAUGGCGAAAGCUGCCAGCAGGCCUGCUCCUGCCAGAACGGGGCAGAUUGUGACAGCAUUACGGGGAAAUGCACCUGUGGACCAGGAUAUGUGGGAGAGGACUGCUCCAUUACAUGUGCAACCGGAACCUAUGGAGUCAACUGCUCAAUGGAUUGCUACUGCAGAAACGACGGCGCAUGUUCCCCGGUGGAUGGGGCAUGCUUUUGUAGGGAAGGGUGGCAGGGAGCGGACUGCUCCAUCCCAUGCCCAAGUGGGACUUGGGGCCUCAGCUGCAACCAGACCUGCUUCUGCGCCAACGGAGCUGCCUGCGACCCCAUGGAUGGGCUUUGCCUGUGUUCUCCUGGAUGGCAAGGAGAGUUCUGCGAUGAGCCCUGCCCUGAUGGAACAUAUGGCCUGAAUUGCAGCGAGCGCUGUGACUGCAGCCAUGCAGACGGGUGCGAUCCCAUCACCGGAUAUUGCUGUUGCCUUGCCGGUUGGACAGGCAUCCAUUGCGACAGCGUCUGUGCCCAGGGACGUUGGGGACCCAACUGUUCCAUCGCCUGCAACUGUGAGAACGGAGGCUCCUGCUCCCCAGAAGAUGGGACCUGCGAGUGCGCACCGGGCUUCCGUGGACCCAUGUGCCAACGAAUUUGUCCUCCCGGCUUCUAUGGGCAUCACUGCAGCCAGCCGUGCCCUCAGUGCAUCCACAGCACCGUCCCUUGCCAUCACGUCACGGGGCUCUGCGAUUGCCUCCCGGGGUUUUUUGGCCCACUCUGCAACCAAGUGUGUCCGAGCGGAAGGUUUGGGAAGGGCUGCGUGGAGAUAUGCGUCUGCACCAACAAUGGGACCUGUAACCCGAUCGACGGAUCCUGCCAAUGUUUCCCCGGCUGGAUCGGCAAAGACUGUUCCCAGACUUGUCCCAUUGGCUUCUGGGGUGCGGAUUGCUUCCACUCUUGCAGUUGUCACAAUGGUGCCACAUGCAGCCCCCAGGACGGCGAAUGCCGAUGCACCCCCGGAUGGACCGGGCCCUACUGCACCCAGCGAUGUCCACCUGCCUUUUACGGGAAAAGCUGUGCCAACGUCUGCCAGUGCCAGAAUGGGGCGGACUGCGACCACAUCACGGGGCAAUGCACCUGCCGGACCGGGUUCACGGGAAAACAGUGUGAGCAAAAGUGUCCGCCGGGAACCUUCGGCUACGGUUGCCAGCAGCUGUGCGAAUGCAUGAACAAUGCAACCUGCGACUACGUUACAGGGACUUGUUAUUGCAGCCCGGGCUUCAAAGGAAUCCGGUGCGACCAAGCGGCCCUCAUGAUGGAAGAAUUAAACCCCUAUACUAAAAUUAGUCCGGCUCUUGGAUCCGAGCGGCAUUCAGUGGGAGCAAUCAUUGGGAUUAUUAUCCUCCUGCUAAUUAUUAUGGUUUUGCUGGCACUGUUUGUGUGGUAUCGGCGGAAGCAGAAGAAAGGCCACGACAUGCCAAGCGUCUCCUACACGCCAGCCAUGCGGAUGACAAACACCGACUACUCCCUCUCCGAUGUCUCUCAAGGUAGCAGCACUGCUCACUGUUUUUCCAACCCAAGCUACCACACCUUGCCUUGUGGCGUGACGUCACGGGUCUUUCCCAGUAAUCUGGAUGGAAACCUCUCCAGUAAGCGCAGUCACAAAACCCUUGACAGAGACCCUGCAGACUGGAGGGCCUACGGCUACCUCAAUGAUCUAGGUACUUGUGGGAUGAAUAGACGCCAGAACACAUACAUUAUGGACAAAGGCUUCAAAGACUACAUGAAGGAAUCGGCCUGCAGCUCCAGCACCUGUUCCCUCAACAGCAGCGAAAACCCUUACGCCACCAUCAAAGACCCCCCCGUCGUGACAUGCAAACACCCCGAGAGCAGCUACGUGGAAAUGAAGUCCCCCGGGCACCGGGACUCGUCGUAUGCGGAUGCGCCAGCCUUGUCGAGCGCCAACAAGAACAUCUACGACGUGGAGCCCACGGUCAGCGUGGUCCACGAGAUCCGUCCGCGCAACGCUGGCUACCUCCAGAACCCCUACGACCUGCCCAGGAACAGCCACAUCCCCUGCCACUACGACGUCCUCCCCACCCGGCACAGCCCCCCUGCCCACUGGGACACGCCGUCGUAGAGGCCCGUGUCCUGCUGCCCAUAACAGACCCAUUCCCCCAUGAACACACUGCUCUCGGACACAAUGCAAGAGGAGGCGACAAUCCUUUCUAUUUUGCUGAAGAAAACAAAACAAAAGUAAGGUGCUGUACGCCAAACCUAAGUGGACACUAUUUGGGGCCAACUUCCUUCUGCAUGAAACUCUUAUUUUACGAGACCUUUUUUAUACAGAUCACAGCAAAACCAAGAAAGCUCUGCAUACAGCUGGUGUUGGAAAGACUUCUCCAGACCAACGCCGGGCGAAAAUGUGCUUUCUUGACUUUGUUUUGCUUUUUAACUUGGAGGGGUGCGGGAGGGAGGGAGGGAGCUCAGACUCCCUUUGCUUCAAGCUCUUAUAGCUGCUGCCGCUGCUGCAUCUGUACAAUACUAUCACCCGCUUAAAGAGAUCUUUUACUUUUUGAAGACAAGUGGUUCGGAAAGAGGUGGGACACUGCUGCGUGGCCAAGGCGACACUCCCAGCGCAAGUCCAGGGAAACAGUGCUUCAGCGGGAAGGAGCGUCGCCUAAACACAAUGCUGCCAUAACUAGACUACAUGGUUGGGCUCCGUUUCGUUUCUCCGUGUUGCGCUUGAGUUGUGUACCUGCUAUUUAUGGUUGUGAGUGGAAUGCAAAAAGGUGGAAGAAGCCAAAGGUUGGUAGCAAUCGCCAAGGAUUACAAUGGCUUCAAAACAAUCCUUGCUUAGAACAAGCGGUAAGGUCCAAAGAAAGGAGGCACUUGGCAGAAUUUUAGCCUGUGUGUCUUGUUGGAACUUGAUUUACUGGACAGAGCGAAAGCACAGUGACAAUCUAUCAGGCUCCAACGCUCCAUGUGCUAUUUCCUAAACAUUAGAAGUGAGGCUCACUGCAGUCAAAAGCUUGGUGUAGCAGCAAAAUUAUGUACACACAGCUGAGGUGUUGGGUGACACUUUGUGCCCUCAAGAUGUUAGGGAUUUCAAUGCCCAGAAACCUGUUACAGCAAUGGUAGUUCAAAGUCUCUCAAGAGCCAAACCAAACUUUUAUUGUUCUUCCAGCUAAGACCACUCUGUCCCUCCCCAAAUUGGUCCAACCAGACUACUAUGGUUUACAUCAAUGGUACCCAAUGUUCAAUCCUUCAAGUGCGUUGGACUUUUGCUCUGUGGAUGCCUUGGGCCUGCCUUCCCAUUGCCAUGCUGGCCGGGGCUGAUGGGAGCCAUUCUCCAACGCAUCUGCUCGCACCAGGGCACUUAAGGCCUUUCCACUGCUUAGGAUUGCAAAUUGUAAGGGAGAAAAGCCUUGAAAACUGUUUGGUAUUAGGAAAGCCGUCCUGCGGUUGAAAUGGGCCUUUCUAGGCAGCAGAGGGCUGGGUCUGCAGAGGUUGUUCUGUCACCUCGAGUCAGACGGAGCCAGUCCAAAACCCAGGGAGAUCCCAGGCGAAGCAGACUUGUCCACAGCACCGGAAGAAAUGUAAUUAUUUACAGGAAUGCUGCAUGUGUGCAUGGGGGGAAAGUGACCGAUGAUCAGCAAUAGCCGCUUUACGUUCCAGGAAAGCCUUAUCCAAAAAUAUAUAUAUAUAAAAGUAGCAGAACCUUAUUUUGUAGGGCCACUAGGGAUAUAUAUUUUAAUUACAGGGGAUGACUUACCUCACGACAAGCGACGCGAAAGGUCCUCCCUGAAGGCUUUGUAUUCAGACAGGGUAGCUUCUCGACUGUGUUCGCAUCAUCUCACUUGGAAGUUUGCAUAUAUUCAGCCCAAAUCAAGCAGAGCCACGCAGGCUGCCAUACUUGGGUUUGUCAUCCUGCGUCUCCACCACAUUAUGGGCUUCUGCAAUGUCUUUCAUGUCCCUCCUCUGCCUUGGGAAUGAUGGAGACAGACAGGAACACCAUGGGCCCACCUUUUUAGCCCUCUUCCUUGUAUGCAACACUCUGCUACUGUCCCACUUGAGGCUGCACCAGGUAGAUCCUUUGGCUUUGUGGAUGGCCAAAAUUGGGAGGAAGAGGGGGAAAGUGUGCAUUGCACCCAGCAGGAGGCAAUGGAAACCACAUUCAUCUUAUACAUACGUACAUCAUGCAUAUAUAUAUAUAUAUAUAUAUAUAUAUUGAGAGAGAGAGAGAGCCUUCCUUUAAAAAGGAACCUCUGGACAUUGUAAUGGCAAUACUUUUUUAAAGCAAGACAUAUUUGUAAUAUUUCUUGACCACGCAAAAGGUGGUGUACCUUGUAAAAAAUAAAACUGAAUUUCUGUCAGCCAA